AGUGUGCGUGCGUGCGUGCGUAUGUGUGUGCGAGAGAGAGAGUGAGAGAGGCAACCAGUGAGUGUGUGAGCCAUGUUGGAUGUGAGCGAAGGUGUGGAGAGAUGCUGCUGCAGCUCCUGACGCACGCAGCCCCAGCAGCAUCACGCACCACAGCGGGUAGAUGCCAACUCUCCAGGCUGACGAAGAGACGGGGGAGCCUGGGGGAAGGGUUCGGGCGGUGCCGGCGCUCCUAGAAGUGGAGCGGAGGAGAGAGAAGUGACCGGGGAAGAAGGAAAGACGGUCUCUUUGGAGAGAUAGGUGGAGGAGGAAAAAGGAGGAGGGGAGAGACCGAGAAAGGAAGAGACUAAAUGGCUACACGGCUACCGGGCUUCACCCCGCUCUCGCCUCUGGGUCUUCACCUGCUACUCUUCCUUGGCUCUUUGUUCGCCCUUAGCCCGCGGGUGGUGAAUGCAGCGGGGGCUUCCGACCUGAGCACCUCGGGGCCCCGUCACCGGGAUGCCGGUAAAGGGAGCGAGCGGUGCGAGCGAGAAUGGGAGCCGCCGGGGGACAGCAGGACACGACCGCAGGGAGGAGAACGACCAGCAGCUGCGGGGAUUCCGGGGCCACGAAAGGAGGCACGGGAAGGAGUCGGGACGUUUUGGAGGCGCGGAGACGAGUCAACGAUGCUACCUCCUCCUUAUCUCCUCCCCGGUGUGACACACGAGAGCCGCGCUGGAUGGCUGUCGGAGAAGGGCGUUGUUCCGCCGCUUUGCACCGCGGCCGCUUUCGGCUCCUCGCCGGUUCGGAGUGGUAAAAAACGGACAGUACAAAGGACUACCGGUGCUUGCGCGCUGCCACGGCCACACCUAACUCAACGUGGCGCAGCCUUUGUGCGAGCGUUUGGCCUGCGCGACGCACCCGGAAGUGGAGGAAGGAGUGGCGGAGGGGUGUGGGAGAGGGCUCGUGAGGUGAGCAGACUCGGUGCCCCCGUCGCGCUUCACGAACCAUCGUCGGACCCCGUGCCUUGUCGCAUCCUUUCUCGUUUUGGAUACAAUUCAACGUGGACAGAGGCGUCUAAUCAUCAAGUGGAAACACACUCUUGUUUUAGCAGCAAUUCACUUUGGAUCCACGUUUCGGAAUUGACUGACAUUUUAAAUUCCACUGCAUUCAGUGUGUUCCAGCAUUCAAGUUAUCGACACCAAAAGGCAUAUGAAGAUUAUGAUGAUGAUGAUUGUGAUGGUAUUGGUGGUGGUUGCAGCAGGGUUAGGAGCAGAGCUGGUAAUGGUUCUCAUUUGGUCAGGCACAGUGUUAUCGACGCAAGUGACAUCCGAGUCGGGGCUGAGGGAGGUUUCUGGCCCAAGUGCGUUAGGGGGCAGACGAAAGACUGGUUAGAGGUGGAGGAAGAGGACAGAUGUAGUGCACCGGCAACGUUUAGGUCCCGAGAAAUGGGUGAGAGCAGGGCUGGAAGAGGAGGAGGGGUGAGCCAAGGCAACACACGCAUUAACUUAUCUAAUUAUGCGGAUAAUGAUUUGGCUUUUGUGAGACUGACUCGACAAUGUCGGGCUGAUAAUGAGGGGAAAGCUGCAGCUACAACCGGGAGACGGAGCAAUGAAGUGAGGGGAGAGAAGAGGGAGGCUACCAGCAGUUGUUGCAAUUUGAAGAGGUUAGGAACAUGUUGUGGAUUGUUAGCUGAGUUUAUUUUUCUCCUGGGAGGGAGGACUCAGGGGAAUCCCAUCCUUCAAUUUCGACUAGACAGCAUCAGAGAGGUGGAAGAUCACUGUUCUCUUUGUAACAAAAUUCAUCAAAGCUUACAAAUAAGGCAUGAUGCAGAAAUCGAACCCACUGAACUUUUCCUUAUGUCUGUUGAAAAAGUUCAAGCAACUUCAGGGGCAGCUGAGUCAGCAUUUUCUAUGCAAGCGACGUUUCCCGUUCACUCAACCAAGCUUAGUCCUUUUUUGCAACAUGAUUUCAUUUUCGCGAAACAUCCCCCCUUCCCUUCACAAAUCAACCUAACCACUCGGUCGAGUGAAUUUCCUAUUUUGCCUCUCUCUGUGGGAAACAAGUGGGAUUCAGCACUUGGGACAGCUCCCCUGAAUGUUGGAGUUAUGUGGCGGGGAUUUAACAUGAAUAGUAAUAACAACAAUGAAAAAGAGGAGGUGAGGAAGGCAAUACAUGUUUUCGGUGAAUCAGAAAUAACUAUGUCCAGUGAGCAAGGGCCGUUAGAUGAUGUCAGACCAUCAGAAAGGCGGCAGAUGGGGGUUGAGGGAGGAGAGAGGAGGGAGGGCGAGGCUGAGGGGGACGGUCUGGAGGGCCCUGCUAGGGGAAGAAAAUUACAGGUGGGGGAGGGCGAGUUAAUGGGAGGGAGAGGACCGUGGGGAGAAGAGGAGGAUGAGAGGCAAAGCGAAAGCGGGACAACAAAGCCGGGCCAAGCUGAGGAGAGAGCGGUAGAGGGAGGGAAGGGUCAGGAUAGGUUCAGUAGCACUGCCACCGUCACACAGUCAGAUAUGGAAAGAUGGAAGAAAGAGAGCCAGGCUGAUGAAAGCCACGAGGGUGAGAGUGAGCCAGAGGGGGAAGCCAACAAGAGGCGCAGUUCAAGGGGAGAGAGGAGCCUGGAAAGGCUGAUAAUAGAAGCAGAUGAUGAGACCUCGCUGGAAGAAAGGGCGGGCAUGGUUUUCAUGCCGUGGUCUCGCUCUCGACGGGCAGCUAACAGGCAUCCUCAUUUCUCCCUGUAUAACUACCAAGUACAAGUAGCUGAGAACCAGCCACCUGGGACCUCGGUAAUUGUCAUGUCUGCCUCAGACCCCGAUGCAGGGGAUGCAGGCAGGGUGAGCUACAGCAUGGCUCCACUGAUGAAUAGCCGGUCUUCAGACUAUUUCCACAUCCACCCUGAUACUGGCCUCAUCACCUCCACGCAGAUUUUAGAUCGAGAACACAUGGAUCUGCAUUAUUUCCGGAUCACGGGAACUGACCAUGGCUCCCCUCGUCUAUCCGGCACCACCAUGGUCGCCAUCACGGUUGCGGAUCGCAAUGAUCACUCUCCUAUUUUUGAGCAGACAGAGUACCGGGAGACCAUCAGGGAGAAUGUCGAGGAAGGGUACCCCAUCCUUCAGUUAAGAGCGACAGAUUUAGAUUCCCCGUCCAAUGCCAAUAUUCGUUACCGCUUUGUCGGCGACUCUGCCACAAACGGGAGAGGCGCCUUUGAGAUAGACCCGCGAUCCGGACUCAUCACAACCCGUGGAGUUGUGGACAGAGAGACGAACGAGCACUACACGCUCCAGGUGGAAGCCAGUGACCAGGGCAAGGAACCGGGCGCACGCUCGGCCACAGUUCAAGUGUUCAUCACAGUUUUGGAUGAAAAUGACAAUGUGCCACAGUUCAGCGAGAAGCGUUAUGUGGUAGCCGUCAAGGAGGACGUGAGACCUCACUCGGAGAUACUCCGCGUCAGUGCCACCGACCAUGACAAAGACGGUAACGCUGCGGUUCACUACAACAUCAUCAGUGGAAACAGCCGCGGCCAGUUUUCCAUCGACAGUGUCACGGGCGAGAUCCAGGUGGUGGCGCCUCUGGAUUACGAGGCCGAGCGGGAGUACACGCUCCGCGUCCGCGCGCAAGACAAUGGCCGACCGCCGCUUUCCAACAAUACCGGCAUUGUGAGCGUCCAGGUGACCGACGUCAAUGACAACCCGCCCAUCUUUGUCUCCACGCCAUUUCAAGCGUCUGUGCUUGAAAGCUCGCCCGUCGGAAGCUCUAUCCUUCACAUCCAAGCCAUCGAUACCGAUGCUGGCGACAACGCACGCCUGGAAUACAGAUUAACCGGCACCAGUUCCGACACGCCGUUCGUUAUCAAUUCUGCCACAGGCUGGGUCACCGUCAAGUCCAUUCUUGACAGAGAAUCCGUCGAACACUAUUUCUUUGGUGUGGAGGCCAGGGAUUACGGAAUGCCCCCUCUUUCUGCCACAGCAAGUGUGACAAUAACAGUUAUGGACGUUAAUGAUAACCACCCAGAGUUUUUACAAAAAGAAUAUUAUGCCCGCCUGAAUGAGGACGCCGUGGUUGGAACGAGUGUGGUCACUGUCACGGCUAUGGAUCGGGAUGUCAACAGUGCGGUGACUUAUCAGAUAACAGGUGGGAACACCAGGAACCGCUUUGCCAUCAGCACCGCAGGGGGUGCUGGGCUGCUUUCCUUAGCCCUCCCACUGGACUACAAACAAGAGCGGCGCUACGUUUUAACCGUCACCGCUUCAGAUCGCACGCUCCACGACACCUGUCAGGUGCACAUCAACAUCACUGAUGCCAACACGCAUCGGCCCGUGUUCCAGAGCGCGCACUACUCUGUUAGUGUGAAUGAGGACCGGCCAGCUGGGAGCACCGUGGUUGUCAUCAGCGCAACAGAUGACGACGUCGGUGAAAAUGCCCGCAUCACAUACUUGCUGGAGGAUAAUAUCCCUCAGUUCCGCAUCGAUCCUGCAUCGGGGGCGAUCACGCUGCAGGCGGAGCUUGAUUAUGAGGACCAGAUGACCUACACGUUGGCUAUAACAGCCAAAGACAACGGCAUCCCGCAGAAAUCAGAUACGACAUAUGUGGAGGUGAAUGUCAAUGACGUGAACGACAACGCACCUCAGUUCCUCAGCCCCAGAUACCAGGGAACCGUGAGCGAAGACGCCCCUCCCUUCACCAGCGUCCUCCAAAUCUCAGCAACCGAUCGGGACGCACACGCCAACGGCCGCGUCCAGUACACCUUCCAAAAUGGUGAGGAUGGAGAUGGAGACUUUACCAUCGAACCGACAUCUGGCAUCGUGCGAACCGUCCGCCGGUUGGACCGCGAAAGUGUGCCGUUUUACGAGCUCACCGCAUAUGCCGUCGACCGAGGUGUACCGCCUCAGCGAACGCCAGUCCACAUCCAAGUCACCGUUCUCGACGUGAAUGAUAAUGCCCCGGUCUUCCCUGCUGACGACUUUGAGGUUCUGGUGAGGGAAAACAGCGCCGUGGGCUCUGUGGUUGCCCAGAUCACUGCCACGGACCCGGACGAGGGUGCCAAUGCCCAAAUUAUGUACCAAAUUGUAGAGGGCAACAUUCCCGAGAUAUUCCAGAUGGACAUCUUCUCAGGGGAGCUGACAUCACUUAUUGAUCUCGACUAUGAGGCUCGCAACGAGUAUGUCAUCGUAGUCCAGGCCACCUCGGCUCCUCUCGUCAGCCGGGCUACUGUACGGAUCAAAUUGGUGGAUCAGAAUGACAACAAACCCACUCUGCAGGACUUCCAAAUUAUCUUCAACAACUUUGUAUCAAACCGUUCCAACAGCUUCCCCAACGGGAUAAUCGGCAGAGUCCCCGCCAAUGAUCCUGAUGUGUCGGACCGGUUGUACUACACAAUUGACAGGGGGAACGAGCUUCACCUGCUGUUGCUCAAUCACACCAGCGGGGAGAUCCGGCUGAGCCGUAAACUGGAUAAUAACAGGCCGCUGGUGGCUCCCAUGCUGAUCACUGUCACAGAUGGCGUUCACAGCAUUUCGGCGCACUGCGUUCUACGUGUGCUCAUCAUUACCGAGGACAUGCUGGGCAGCAGCGUCACCGUCCGCCUGCAGAACAUGUCCCAGGAGCACUUCCUCUCACCGCUGCUGGGUCACUUCCUGGAGGGUGUGUCGGCGGUUCUCUCGGUGCCCGUCGAGGACGUCUUUGUGUUCAACAUCCAGCCGGACAUGGAUGCGGCUCCGGGAGGGAUCCUCAAUGUGAGCUUUUCCGCGGUGCUCCCAGGGGGACACUUCUUUCCUUCCGAAGCCCUGGAGGAACAACUGUACCUGAACAGGCCGCGGCUGACCUCGCUCACACAGAUGGAGGUCCUUCCAUUUGACGACAACGUUUGUCUACGUGAGCCGUGUCAGAACUACAUGAAGUGCAUCUCCGUGCUGCGCUUCAAUAGCUCCGCCCCCUUCAUCUCCUCCCCCUCCAUCCUGUUCCGGCCCAUUCACCCCAUCGCCGGCCUGCGCUGCCGCUGUCCUGUGGGCUUCACCGGUGACUACUGCGAAACCGAGAUCAAUCUUUGCUAUUCCAACCCUUGCCUGAACGGAGGGGUGUGCACCCGCAAAGAGGGAGGGUACACGUGUAUCUGCCGUGAGGACUACACCGGUGACCAAUGCGAAUUUGAUCGGCGACAUGGCGGCUGCGUGCCGGGUGUGUGUCGUAACGGAGGAACGUGUCGGGAGCUCUCAGGUGGCGGCUUCCGCUGCGAGUGUCCUGCCGGCGGGUACGAGCGACCGUACUGCACCGUCACCUCCCGCUCCUUCCCGCCGAAGACCUUCGCCAUGUUCCGGGGCCUCAGACAGCGGUUUCACCUCUCCAUCUCUUUAACCAAACAAAAAACAGUUGUGUCAUACAACACAUUCUGGAAAAAAAUAAAAAUAAAAUCUUUUUUUUUUCAUUUUGCUCCUAUGUGUGUUCAGCCGAGGCGCAGCAUGAGUGGCGAGGCCCAGGGUCCCUCAGAUGAGAAGAUUGCAGUUGUGAGCAUUGACGACUGCGAUACAGCCUUGUCACUCCGCUUUGGCACCCAGCUUGGAAAUUACAGCUGUGCUGCUCAGGGCAAACAGACCAGCAGCAAGAAGUCUCUUGACCUGACUGGUCCGUUGUUCCUGGGUGGGGUCCCCAACGUUCCGGACAACUUCCCGUUUGGCAUCAGGGAGUUCAUCGGCUGUAUGAAGGAGCUGCACAUUGACAACAAGCCGCUGGACCUGGCCGGGUUUAUUGCUAACAAUGGAACACUGCCAGGCUGCAGUGCCAAACUUCCAUUCUGCAAGUCCAAUCCCUGCCAGAACGGUGGAACCUGCCGGGUCAGCUGGGAGACAUUUUCUUGUGACUGUACUCUUGGGUAUGGCGGGAAAGAUUGCAGCCAUGUGAUGCCACACCCCCAUCGCUUCCUGGGAAACAGCGCCCUCUGGUGGGAUCUAAAGAACGACGUGACCAUCUCCACACCCUGGUACCUGGGCUUAGUGUUCCGAACCAGAGCCCGAGACGGGACGCUGCUUCAGGCCCAGGCCGGCCAAUACACCAGCCUGCUAUUCCAGGUGACAAAUGGUCAGCUAGUGUUCUCCGUGACUCGAGGAUCGACCAGACCAGUGAGGUUGAGGCUGGAUCAGGUUCAGGUGGCAGAUGGGCGGUGGCAUGACGUCCAACUGGAACUACGGGACGUUCGCAGCGGCCGUGAAACUCGCUACGUCGCCACACUCCGCCUUGACUUUGGACUUUAUCAAGGAACAGCAAUAGUAGGAAAUGAGAUUCAUGGAUUGAAGGUCAAACAUCUGCAUGUGGGAGGAGUGUUGGGCUCUGGAGAGGUCCAGAAUGGGAUCAGAGGAUGCAUACAGGGUGUUCGUUUGGGUGUGAGACCGGACGCCCCUCCCCUGCCGCGCCCCUCCAGAACUGUCAAAGUCGAGAUCGGCUGCAACGUCGGGAACCCUUGCGUCUCAUCUCCGUGUCCCGCCCACAGCCGCUGUUCGGACCAAUGGGAGCGGCACACUUGCAUAUGUGAACCUGGUUACUAUGGGAAAGGCUGCACUGAUGCUUGCCAUCUGAAUCCUUGCGAAAAUGACGCUCAGUGCCACAGGAAGCCCAGCUCGUCACAUGGAUACGUCUGUGACUGUGGUGACAACCACUAUGGACAGUACUGCCAACACAGGAUUGACCACCAGUGUCCCAGAGGUUGGUGGGGGUCUCCCACCUGCGGGCCUUGUCAUUGUGAUGUCAACAACGGCUUUGACCCCAACUGCAACAAGACAAGUGGACACUGUCGCUGCAAGGAGUUUCACUACCGUCCGCGGGGCUCAGACAGCUGCCUGCCUUGCGACUGCUACCCCAUCGGCUCCUUCUCACGAACAUGUGACCCAGAGACCGGCCAGUGUCCGUGCAGGCCCGGCGUGAUUGGUCGCCAGUGUAACACGUGUGACAACCCGUUUGCGGAGGUGACGAACUCAGGGUGUGAAGUCAUUUAUGAUGGCUGCCCAAAAACCAUCACUCAGGGGAUCUGGUGGCCGCGGACCAAGUUCAACCUGCCUGCUGCAGUGCCAUGCCCGAAAGGUUCUGUUGGGGCCGCCAUCAGACACUGUGAUGUUGAGAGAGGCUGGAUGGAGCCAGACCUUUACAACUGCACCUCCCCUCCAUUUGUGGAACUCAAUGCUGCUCUGGAUUCACUUGAGCGCAACGAGACGGAGUUGAACACAAUCAUGGAGAAGAAGCUCGCAUACCAACUCCGCGAUGUCACGGAAGCGACAGGCCGCCUCUACGGGAAUGAUUUACUCAUCGCAGAGCGACUACUGUCACGCCUCCUCACUUUCGAAACUCUACAAAGUGGCUUUGGACUCACCGCUACUCAAGAUGCGCACUUUAAUGAGAACAUUUUGCGAGGCUGCAGUGUGCUGUUGGCUCCGGGAACAGAGGGGCUAUGGCGCGCCCUCGCUCAGGGUCAGAACCACAUCCCAAGCGGUCCGGCUGAAUUGUCGCAGCUGCUGGAGCAGUAUACGCAGAAUCUGGCCCAAAACAUGAAGCUCACCUACCUCAACCCCGUGGCGCUGGUGGCUCCCAAUAUUGUCAUGAAUCUGGAUCGGGUGGAAAAUCACACCCAUGUGCGGCGACGUUUCCCACGUUACCAUACCACAAUGUUUCGGAGUCAGGCCGUGUGGGAUCCCUCCACCCAUGUGAUAUUGCCGCCCGCUGCACUGAUGCCACAACGGCAACAGCAACACAACUGGAAGGAAAAGGAGCGCGCUGAGAAAGAACACGUCCCUCUCCCGAACGCUGUUCAAGUGCCGGUCGGCUUCUCUGCCAAUCAGACAGAAUACAUUGCAGCCCGGCGCGCAGUUGAACCGCCCAUCACCAUCGUCAUUUUGCUCAUCUAUCGCAGUCUGGGCGGAGCGCUCCCUCCCAAAUAUCAUACGGACAGACGAGGAGUGAGACUUCCCAGGCACCCAGUUAUGAACUCCCCAGUAGUGACCAUCUCCGUCUACAACAAUCAAACGUUUGUGGGUGGACAUUUGGACCAGCCCAUCCAACUGGAGUUUAAACUACUGGAAACGGCCAAUCGCAGCAAGCCGCUGUGUGUGCAGUGGAACCACAGCAGCCAGUGUGAGAUUGGAGGUUGCUGGACAGUGAGGGACUGCAUGGUGGUGUACAGGAACACCUCACAUGUCCGCUGUCAGUGUCAAAGGCUUGGCACCUUCGGAGUGCUGAUGGACAGUUCACAGAGAGAGCAGUUGGAGGGCGAUCUGGAGACGCUCGCCUUGAUCACUUAUUCCUCUCUGGUGCUGUCCAUGCUGGCUCUGCUCCUCACCGUCCUGGUGCUGUCCUGCCUCCGAGGCCUCAAGUCCAACAUCAGGAGCAUCCAUUGCAACACGGCGGCGGCCAUGUUUUUGUCAGAGCUUGUGUUUCUGCUGGGCGUCAAUCAGACCGAACAACAGUUCCUGUGCACGGUGGUGGCCAUCCUCAUGCAUUACUUCUUCAUGUCCACAUUCGCCUGGAUGUUUGUGGAGGGCCUUCACAUCUACCGCAUGCAGACAGAGCAACGCAACAUCAACUUUGGCGCCAUGAGGUUCUACUACGCCAUCGGCUGGGGCGUGCCAGCCAUUAUCACCGGUCUGGCUGUGGGCUUGGAUCCAGAAGGUUAUGGAAACCCAGAUUUUUGUUGGAUCUCCAUCUAUGACAAGCUCAUCUGGAGCUUUGCCGGUCCAAUCGCCAUUGUCAUAUUGAUGAAUGGCGGCAUUUUCAUGAUUGUCACCAAGAUGUCUUGUAACACCUCUCAGAAGGAGACCAAGAAGCUUCCUGUCAUUGCAACCAUCCGCAACGCCUUCCUGCUCUUGAUGGUGGCCACCUCCACCUGGCUGUGUGGUUUAAUGGCUGUGAACAACAGCAUCUUGGCUUUCUACUAUAUCUUUGACGUCCUCUGUUUAGUGCAGGGUCUGUCAGUGUUGCUGGUGUUCACCGUGUUCAACUCUGAGGUGAAAGAGGCUUGGCAGGUGGCUUGUUUAGGAAAAAAGAGCCCUGGAGAAGAACCGCCAAGGCCAACAUCGAAUGCUGCACAGAAUCCCUAUCACAAUGCUUCACUCCUUGAGCAGAGUGGGCUUCAUCGCAUCACGCUGGGAGCAUCCACCAUUUCCUCUGUCAGCUCCGCCAGAGAGAAUCUUUUAGCGCGUCAAACUCUGGAACAAAGCAUUGUUCAAACCGGGGCAACGGACCUGGAUGUCGCCAUGUUCCACAGAGAUGGAGGUGAAGAUUCAGACAGCGACUCCGACCUGUCCAUGGAGGAGGAGCGCAGUCUGUCCAUCCCGUCAUCGGAGAGCGAGGACAACGUCCGCCUACGAGGGCGCAUCCAGCGGCGUUUCAAGCGAUCCAAUCACGGCGAGCGUCUGCUCACUGAGCCCGCCCACAAUGGUACCAAAGAUCUGGAUGGCAACGACCUCCUGUCCUAUUGGCCCGCGUUGGAGGAAUGCGAAAAACACACCCUGCAAAAGUGGGGCUCCGAGCGCCCGCUCGGAGCCGAUUACAGCAAGGACGCGGCCAACAACAACCAAGCCGACGCAGCGCUGACCAGCGGGGACGAGAGCGGCCUCACGCAGCCGCACAGGCACCGCAAGGGUAUCCUCAAGAAUCGUCUGGGCUGUCCCCCCGCCCUGCAGGGGCUUUCAACAGUGGGCCGGGGAGCCAGUGAGCUCAAUUGGUACCGCACCUCCACCCUGGGCCACCGAGGCGUUCCUGCGGCCUCUUACGGCCGUAUGUACUCGGCCUCGGCUGGUGCCGGAGGGGGUACGGGUUCCCUCUCGCAGCCGGGAUCCCGCUACUCAUCCAGGGAGCAUCUGGACUCGCUCACCCGGAGGCAUCUGUCUCGGGAUCCUCUCGGGAGGCAAACCGUCGGGGGCUCGAGAGACCGGCUGGACUCUCGGGGAUCCCGGGACAAUCUGGACCUCUUACCCAGAAGGAGAGAACUGGGACAGGGCACAGGGUUGGCGGGGUUGGGGCUGGAUCACCAGCGAGUGUCGUCAUCCAGGGAGAACCUGACCUCCUCCAGGGACAGACUGGACAACCAUCACUCGGGCACUAUCCACGCUUCACGAGAGGACUUGAGGGGAAAUGGCGGCGCUCUGGGUGGCAACAUGGAGGGCACCCUGAGCGGGUCCAGAUCUCAGUUGAACAUGCAAACUCGGCGACAGGCUUCAUCUCGAGAGCACCUGGCAGGCGCCCUGAUGAGCAGUAAGUCGAGGGAGCAGCUGGAGGCCAACGGGGUCGGAGCGCAGGCCCAACCCUGUCGGGAGUGGCUGCGCUCCCUCCCGCCGCGCCAGCCCUCGCACCCCGACCAGCCUCCGCCGUCCUCCCCGCCUCCGCCCAUUUCGGAGGAGCCCCAGCAAGAGCCCUUCCCAUCAUCGGCUCACGUUCGAGGACGCCUGGACUCUGCAUGUAGGUACCCCGGUCCGACGGCCGCUCCCAACGUGGGUAUGAACCCUCUGGGGAGACAACCCUCUAGCGAACACCUGGAUAUUCUGUCCUCCAUCCUCGCGUCCUUCAACCCCUCUGUCCUCACUCCCCCAAACACUGCCUCCAACUCCGGGCCCAACGGCUCGACCCACUGCCCCUCCCCCUCCCUGCCACAGUCUGCCACCUCCCACAGCAUAUCAGAGGUUUCCCCUGACUCGGAAGCCAACAGAAGCGAAGGGCAGUCUUGAUGACGGCCUCUGUAUUCCUUUAUGCAUUCCGAGGACAAGGUGAACCAGCGAGGCAACGGAGGACUAAAAUACAGUUUUGGACACAGGUGACGACAUUGUGCGAAAAAAUAAGAUGCUGAUUUUGAUGGCUCAGAGGACAAAAACUGUUUACAAAAUAUCACACUCAGUCAGAUGCAGACAGAAAAAAAAUGGUGGAAAAGACUGUACAGACAAAAACAUUUUUAUACGUUUUGUAUCUUUUUCAUUGGGGACAAAGAUGUCUCUCGUGAUGUUUUGGUUUUUUUGUAAUGUCUUUGAGUGAGGCUGGUGCGAGUGAGCUGUAUUGAAUUCACAAAAAAAACGAAAAAAACCCAAAAAAAGAAAACAUUUCUCAUCAAAGCUGCGUGGUAAUUGCAAAUGAGAUCGCAAAGCAGAGUUGGAGGGAAACCGUCAACAUAUCGUUGGCUGAUGUGUAAAUAGAGGGCCGUUAUUAUUCCAAGUGAAGAGAUUUGAAUGGAACGAGAUGAUUGUAACGAGGACGACUGCGAAGAGGGCGCCACGCGAGGCUUCAGGGUUUUGACCAUUAAAGCUCCGUCACAAGUUGUC